AUGGCUGUGUUGGUAGAAGCUGGAUCUGACGGAUCCAACAUAUUAGCAGUUGCUUCCGCGCUGUAUCUUAUAAACUUUUUAACCAGAAAUCAAAGCUUUGUGAAGAUUAUGGACUAUUAUAUUCUUCCAUGUUCUAAUCCAGAUGCUUACGACAGGAUUAUUAAGAAUAUUGAUCUAAAUGGGACAGUUCCUGUAAACUUGGCUAACAAUUUUCCGAUAAUUCUUGGUGCCAAGGCUUUAGAAGGCGUUACCACGCAAGACUUUGUGGACGCUCUUGAAGAAUGGAAGAUAAACUUAAGAUUUUCUUCACCUGUUACUAAUGCUAUCAUCAAAGCAGUCGCUCUCACGCAAAAACAUGUGAAACUGUUCAUUUCUUUACAAGAAGGGGGAUCAUCAUUAGUUUUUCCCUUUGGUUCUUCUUCUGAAGUGUCUAACGAUGAAGAAGAACUUGCAACAAUGGCGCAAUCAGUACAACGUGUUUUAAGAAACAUUAAGAUUGAGAUUGGCUCACUGUACACAAUUUGUGGGUUAACUUUUGGAUCAGUUAUAGACUUUUUGAAGUAUCACUGCGGGGAUAUAAAAUUUACGUAUAUAUUUCAUAUUAAAGAUAACGAACAAGAGACCAGUAUACGGGAUGUUUUGGUUUAUGGUGAGGAUGUUUUUAACUGUGUUAAAUCUCUCGCAAGAAAUGUAUAUAUGCAUUAUAAUAAACUAAAACCUAAUAAAAGACGUACUCUUCAAAACCCAAUAGGUUCCCAUAACGCUCGAGUAACUGCAGCAUACUUUCCUCCACUACUAUAA